AUGGAGGUGUGGAGAUAUUUGCUGUUAUCGGCAGCAAUACUACUAUUUAAUGAAGAUUUCUACUCUUACUCGAGUCCAGUAAACGUUAACAGGCUUUCAGGUAAUAAUAUAUAUAUGUAGUGAAGAUUUAAUACUUUACUCCCCUCUUGAGUUUGUAGGUCUUAGGAAGGGUAUUUGUUUUGACACUCAAAGUCUGGAAGAGGCUUGAACAAUUUUGUUUUGAAGUUUAAGUCUGAUUUUCACAUUUGUAUUUCGUUAAACACGAGGAACUUGAGGUUCCAUAUUUUGUUUUAGAAAUAUUUUUAUUUGUUAUCUUUUUCUUAUCAGGAACAUCUGUCAUAUCUCAACCUUUAGACCAUGGACAGGACUUUACUGUGAUGGACUGGAUCAAUGAGGCCAACAAACGUAAGAGGAAACUAAAAACUUUGUGUAAAAAGUACUUGUCGAAAUUAUCCCUUUCUUUUGUUCACAGCAGACAUCAAAACCACGGCGACAAACCAACUUGAACCCUUGGUUAUCUGAUCUUUACUAGAAAAAAGAUGAAACUGACAAAUACGUGAUAAAGCACCCCUCCCUUAAAACCGGUCCUGGAGGCCGAUUAAACAGACAGCUUUAGUAGAUGCAAAGAGCCUAAGUAAUAAGUGUUUUUAAGAACUAUCCUGCGAUCAUGGUCUUCCUGUAUCUGGUCUCGAUAUCGUUCUUCCCUUUCUUCUCAAAAAGAAUAAUAAGAUAAAAAAUAAAUGAAUGAAUGAAAAAACGAUGUUAAGAAAAAGGAUGCGUGAGCAAAUUUUAUAAGUAAGUGAAUAUUUAUACUCUGAAUGUCGGGUAAUAAAUUGCGAUCAUCACCGCAGUGAUCGGCUACGGAAGGAAGUAACACAAAUUUGAAAGUCGCAGCAUCAUAACAAAACCCACGCAUAUUUCAUGUUCCAUGCUGCGUCGAAUUUCACCUGAAUCACGCGAUCCGCCUUCUGACCUACGAAAAGCUACACAAGCCGAAGCAAAGUCACUCAACUGGAAACACAAAAUAUCUUAAGAGCCUUAAAACACUGUAUUUCAUCUAUCGUUAACAACAAAUACAGGGCAAGUAUUCCCGGGGGGGUACUCCUACAUAUGGGCAAUAUAGGUACGUGCCGCGGAAUAGGGUAUGGUUUUUGAGGUUCUCGGUCCUUAAAUAGGGUAUGUUUUUUGACCCUUUUGUUUCUGUGUCCCUGGUGUGGUCCUUAGAUAGGGUAGCUUAAUUGUAUUAUCUAAUACUGGAGUGUGAAAACGCCCGCCUAAACGAACAUUUUUUUUUUAAAACUAGGCUUAUUCUAGUAUUUUAUGGCUUGAUGCUAUACAUCCAAUGUUACAGAGAAGAAAUAAAGUUUUCCUUUUCAUGCUAUUAAUAUUUUGUUUCUUUCCUUGAAUAGGGUGUCAUUUUUCGGUUUUCGGCCUUAAAAAGGGUAUCAGUUUUCGCUUUCUUAGUUCACGAACCUUCGCGGCACACCCCUAUCCAAAAUUCGCGGGAGUACCUCCCCGGGGCAAGUAUUUACACCACUAUUCAGUGUAGGAUUUGACGCUGGGAAGAGUUCAAUGCGUUAAUGAGGUGGAGACAGUCGGCCAAACAACACUUCACUUAUAAUUCUAUUAACUGACCACAAAAGGAAGGCUUGUUCAUCCGUCUGUACAGCUUUGUUGCCUUNCCCUAUCCAAAAUUCGCGGGAGUACCUCCCCGGGGCAAGUAUUUACACCACUAUUCAGUGUAGGAUUUGACGCUGGGAAGAGUUCAAUGCGUUAAUGAGGUGGAGACAGUCGGCCAAACAACACUUCACUUAUAAUUCUAUUAACUGACCACAAAAGGAAGGCUUGUUCAUCCGUCUGUACAGCUUUGUUGCCUUCACUACUGAAAGGAAGUCUUUCUGUACACGUACCAUCAGUGGAAUAAAAACGUGUCCAGAUACCGGACCCUUACUGCAGUGCUCAAACGGACUGAAAGAAGAUAGAUCUAUAGAUCUAUAACGCACAAUUCUGUCAAGGAGAAGUUGAAAAAAUUCAAGCAGAACUUCUUCUCAGAAUGUGUCCUCCGCCCGACAAUUACAGAAGUGCACAGAACAGCAGGAAUGUCACUGUGCCACUUAAGGGUGUUUCCCGCUUCGACCACCAUCUAUCCAUCUGGCGAGAUUACGCUGAUUGUGAUUGAGACCUCCCGGCUAAGCGUAGAUGAUCACGUUUUUCCCUUUAAAUUCGAAGAGAACGCUAAAGAACCCACUCUUCUAUUGAAAGAACACCUGGCGUAAACCCAUGUUUUGGCGGACCGUAUGCCAUGCAUUAGCCCACUUGAUGUAAUCAACUUAUAGCCCAUAGUUUAGGAGGCCUAAUCAUUAAAAAGUUACUUUCCUUGAGAUUCUCUUCGCCACUUUCUCGUUUUUUUGAGUUACAUUGCGAGCUGUAUUGUAACUUCUUCAAGUGGCCGAUAAGUGUAUAUGAUUAAACAGUCCGGGCCAUACAACCAUUUCUGGUUACAGGCUUCGUGCGUUGAGAUUGGUUGAAGUCAAAACCAAAACAAAGUAAAUUUGGCCGAGAGGUACUGGAAAUGAUUAGAAGUGCGACAAUUUUUUUUAUGGUGACCGUUUGUUAUGCGGCAAUCAGCCGAAACAAAAUAUUAUUUUCUGUUUUAUUUAUAUUUAACACUGCACGGAAAGAUAGCAUAAAGGUCAAUAAAUAAAUGUGGUGUCAUAUAUCCGCGUAUAUUCAGAUGCCAUCGGAUGUGCGUAGGGGUAGUCUGUGUUUCAUUUCACUGCAGAUUAACUAAGCAUUAGAAUUAACUAAAUCAGUGGAUGGUAAUUUUUGCACGCUUUGUUUUUCGAUAUAAGUGUGUUAACCAACUCUUAAAUGUCCUUUCUUCUCCAGUAACUCGAAAGAUCCUUGGUUAUUCGCUGUUUUGGGGUCAGGAGUCAAAAUGUCGUCUUGUUUUCGCGACAGUUUCUGCGAGCACCAACAUUUAGCGAUAACGGAAGCAACCUUACCAACAAAUACCAAAACAUCGACAUAAUUUGGAUUGACGGUUCUUAUUUUUAGUAUAAAAUUAUUUUCUCACCAAAUUUGCAAUAAAAUCAUUAUAAUGCACUCGAUAAAAGCCCCGAAACCUUGUCAAUUAAAACGUGAGCAAAGCUAUUACUAAGUGACGUCUUUCAGUUUUAUUGAAUUUUAUUAGUUCUGGUACUUUUUAGAGCUUUCAUAGUGUCGUCUAACCGAACACCCGAACAAUGCCGUAUCAAACCUCUAAUUUAAAACUCUUUGUAAUGCUUUGUUUUCCAGCAUAUAGCAUGGAAGGGGAUAUAGCUCUAACAGAAAGGGAUGGAAAUGUGUAUGAGAAAACACGCUUUAGGAGGAGUGCUGUCCGACAAAGAAAGAAGUUAUGGCCCAACAGAGUGGUGCCCUACGAAAUCGAGGAGGCACUUGGUAAGUUAUAUUUCAUCGCUCGACAUCGCGGUGUUUACUUUGUAACACACACACACACAAAAACAAUAAAAAAAAACUAAAGGAGUUGCUUUAAGAAAAUAUUCAGCCUGAUAUCGAUAGCGCUGCACACUACUCUACCACCCGAGCUAUCAAGCCUCCUGGGAGCAUGGAACCGUUGUUUAAUGAUGGGUGUUGCAUAGACUAGAAAUAUACUACGAACGGUAAUAAAUACUCUUGUGUUUCAGCUUCACAUAAAAAGAACAUCUUGGCAGCCAUAGAUGAAUUUCACAAACACACUUGUAUCAGAUUCAAGGAGAGAAAAAACGAAAAGUACUGGAUCAAAUUUAGCAAAGGCAAAGGGUGAGCAUAGCUUAAUAUACCUGCGUAUACUACAGGCACGUGUGUCUUCUAGAGGAAGUGAUUAAUAUCAAAUCUAUUUGUGAUAGACACCCACGCAAAGUGGACACCUCAACAAGAGGCAGCCGCACGAUGGUCAUAGAAUUCUAAGGCUGUCAUCCAGUAAAGUGAAUUUGCUAUAAAGGGGAAUGACCUUUCUGUGCAGGCGGACAUAUGCGAAUGACCUAAUCUCAUCGAGCUUCACUCACGUGGCUUGUUUCUAAGGUGGCUAAUUUAGUUAGUUUAGCUAUUUUCUGAUGUUUUCCGUCGUUCGCAAAUCAGACUAUUCUACUGCUCAGCUCAGCACAAAUCAUCCGCCAUAAUGUGCAACCUCGACUUAAAUCUGUUGGUAUUUUCCCAGAUGUUGGUCAUACAUAGGACGCUUAUACUGGCGGAGGGGUGCCCAGGAACUCUCUUUAGGUCGGAGAUGUAACAAAAAAGGAAUAAUCAUGCAUGAGCUAAUGCAUGCCGUAGGUUUCUGGCACGAGCAGUCGCGGCCGGACAGAGAUCAGUACGUUGAGAUCCUUUGGGAAAACAUUGAAAAAGGUAGGACAGCGCUCAUUGUUAACAGCGAGAAAACGCUUUGGGUUUUGGAGGCUUUCCAGCCAAAGAGUUCUCCUCCCCUUCUUUUCCCGCUGUUAAUAAAAUACAAAUGUUUCUUUAGCCCUUAAUUUCUUCGGUGCGUCGAGUUCAUAUUAAAGUUCGGAGUAAUUCAUAAUUAAUACCCAAGUCCUUCUCAUUCAAAAUUUGCACUAAAAGCAUUUCACAUGUACUGGGAAUAUCACUCGAAAAGAUCAUUUCCUAGGCAGGUGCUCAUAAGCUAUGUUUUUAUUCACAGGAAUGGAAGGACAAUUCAACAAGUACAAACAUUCUAAAGUAGAUAGCAUUGGUUUUGAUUACGACUAUAGUAGUCUGAUGCAUUAUGGGAAGGUCACAUUUUCAAGGAAUGGCAAGCCUACGAUCCGAGCGUUGAACAACCCAUAUAUGUCCCUUGGGCGAGGAGGUGGCUUUAGUGAACUUGACAUCAAGAAAAUGAACGCUCUUUAUGACUGCAAAAGUAAGUUCUUAAUAAAAAUUAGAAGUACCGCUGUUACUUAUUGAGUAAAUUUUCUUUGCUGACCAUGCGUCCAGCUGAAGCUGAAACAAACUGGUAAUUCCUUCCUCAAUCAGAAGAUGCUAUUCACUUCGGGAGUAUGCAGCCGUGCGGGGGCGGGGGGGACUAUGAUUUUCUACGUCAGAGGUGCGGUAAUUCCAUGCAUCCAAUAAUUGGACAAUCUAACGUCUUUUAACAGAUGAACAGGAGUUAGGAUGGAGUGAGUGGUCAGCAUACACUCCCUGUAACAGCAGAUGUAUGAAGUAUCGUCAGCGAGUCUGUUUCUCGCCGCGGUCGCACUGUCCCGGGGCCGACUCGCAUGGAAUUCAAACCGACCGCCGAAAAUGCAGCCAUGACGAAUGUUACGGUAGGUCAAACAUCCGGGUGUCUUCAUACUUAUAACAGAUGGCUCACUUUAGUGACGACUUGUAUUCAUUCAGUUUAAACCGGUAAAAUUUCUAACUAAUAGUGAUAAAGGCCGCGGAAUACCCUUUCGUGAAGCAUCCACUAGCAACACUGCAUCGGUUUCCUCGUGCUGGAAUAAGCUGUUCAUUGCGUGCACUGCUGCCUCACCCCCUGAUUUGUGUCCGCGCAAACCUGAAGUAAGCCACUCGACUCUAGUAUGUCACGCACUUCCCAAUAAUUCUUCUGAUUACUUCCCCCACUCCUAUUGGUCGGACUUUACCGUUACCCUUAUCCAGCGGGAUAAGACUGACUUGCUAGAAUCGGCUCAAUAGUCGUGGGAUCAACGAUUCUGUGCACAACUGAUGGGUCAGAGUUGCAAGAGCGUCGCACAAAUUAGAGUCAGAUUUCGUGAAUGACUUGUGAUCAAGGAUCCUUUGAAAUCCAUUAGCGUCUACAUUUGAGGGAUCUCCAGCACCUUUAGUUCUUAGUGCUGCUUCUCUAAUCAUCUCACCAGCUAGUGAUCUCAUUAUUAGCUGACUCGUGCACCUCCUCAUCUGGACCAAACAGCAGCUCUCCCAGCUUAGCUGGUUUCGCUUUUGGGAGCUUGCCAUGCAGUUGCGUCGUGACGUCAUCAGUCAGGGAUAAUUCACCUCCACAGCCAUCAUCAGUAAGGUAUCUUAGGAUGGAGUUUAUUUGCCCUUCCAUGAUAAGCUUCGCAGAUAUCUUUGCUUUGUGCAGAGGAUCUUUUCUUUGGGAUCUAACUAGGCGUUUUUGGAUCGUUCGUCCUUCUCGUAACAGCUCAACAGUGCUAGCCUCUUUGCUUCGCAUUCUCGAUGAUCCUUUGCCUUAAACUUUUGACUUGGUUUUUGCAUCCCUGGAGCCAAAAGAAAAAAAGCUGCUUUCAAAGCUGUAUCCUGACUCCCGACCUGUUGUUCCAGUCAUUUAUGUGCUUUGUAAGUUUAUCAAUAAAUUCUCUGCCGAUUUUCCCGUACGGAACUAAGAAGGUGUUUUUGGUUCGAGGUUAUCUCAAUAUACGCGUUGAUGAUUUCUGAGUUGACUGUUAUCACUUUUCCUUCCGAUUGACUGCAAACAAUCGAUUAAGGCGUGUCCACAUUAGUUGAAAAUUCCGCCGGCAAGGAGCCUGGCACCUCAGCAAAUAUGAUCUCAUUAGCCGUUUCGUCACGCUCUUCGUCUAAUUAUUCCUCGGAGACUUGAAAUGCAGUCGUAUGCAAAUUCAAGCUAUCAUUCGGCGGGAAAUUAGCAUUUUGGCUUCCUUGUCUUAAUCAUUUUGAUUAUUUUCAUCAUCAGAAAUUGUAAUUCUUGUUUGCGACUGAAAGUUCCCUGAGUCGUUUGUCACUCUGGACUCCUCUGGAGUAGUAUCCACAGAGCAUUUUUGCAAUCUUUUGAGUCUUGCGUUCUGAUCCCUCAGGUUUCGGGCUUCUAUACCAAGAUUUUCACAGCCCAUUUCGUCCCAUAGUCGUUUCGUCACUUCAAUGUACCCUUUCUUUCUACCAUCAUUUUCAUGACCCGUCUUUUACAAUCCAAUACAUCUCAAUUUAUUUGCUCAGUCCAUUUUAUAAGUUUACUGCUUUUCUAGACAUCUCUCUCUCUCCUCCUCCUCCUCCUGUUAAUAACAACAGUAAUAAUAAAUAGACAGGGUAUUGUCUUAAACUUAUCACGCAGUUAGAUUAAAGGGAUAAAAGACAUCUGAAAGUGACGCAUUAUGUUCAGUCGUAAUCCUCUUUCAUCUGAUAAGGGUUAUUUGUAUUCUUUUAACAGAUGAACAGGAGUUAGGAUGGAGUGAGUGGUCAGCAUACACUCCCUGUAACAGCAGAUGUAUGAAGUAUCGUCAGCGAGUCUGUUUCUCGCCGCGGUCGCAUUGUCCCGGGGCCGACUCGCAUGGAAUUCAAACCGACCGCCGAAAAUGCAGCCAUGACGAAUGUUACGGUAGGUCAAACAUCCGGGUGUCUUCAUACUUAUAACAGAUGGCUCGCUUUAGUGACGACUUGUAUUCAUUCAGUUAAACCGGGUAAAAUUUCUAACUAAUAGUGAUAAAGGCCGCGGAAUACCCUUUCGUGAAGCAUCCACUAGCAACACUGCAUCGGUUUACUCGUGCUGGAAUAAGCUGUUCAUUGCGUGCACUGCUGCCUCACUCCCUGAUUUGUGUCCGCGCAAACCUGAAGUGAGCCACUCGACUCUAGUAUGUCACGCACUUCCCAAUAAUUCUUCUGAUUACUUCCCCCACUCUUAUUGGUCGGACUUUACCGUUACCCUUAUCCAGCGGGAUAAGACUGACUUGCUAGAAUCGGCUCAAUAGUCGUGGGAUCAACGGUUCUGUGCACAACUGAUGGGUCAGAGUUGCAAGAGCGUCACACAAAUUAGAGUCAGAUUUCGUGAAUGACUUGUGAUCAAGGAUCCUUUGAAAUCCAUUAGCGUCUACAUUUGAGGGAUCUCCAGCACCUUUAGUUCUUAGUGCUGCUUCUCUGAAAGUGACGCAUUAUGUUCAGUCGGAAUCCUCUUUCACCCGAUACGGAUUAUUUGUACAUGGAAAUUUUUGUACUUAGCCACUAACCAUGGCUAAAUGUCUUAUUGUAUAAAAAAAAGUAAUGCCUAUUUUCCGUCACAUUUUAAUCCGAGCGCUUGCCUGAUUCUGUUUUUAGCGCCAGUCGAUGGCAACUGGGGACGAUGGGCUGCAUGGGAUGCCUGUGACAAGUCCUGUGGUUACGGCAAACAGAAAAGAAAGAGAACAUGCAGUGACCCAGCGCCCAAAUUUGGCGGCAAAACAUGUCCAGGAGCGGAUACACAAUUCCGAAUGUGCAAUAUGAUGGCGUGUCUUGAUAGUAGGUGGAAUUUGUACUUUCCUUUGCCUUAAAUCAAGUGUUAUUUAAAGAAAAGAAAAUCUUUGUAAGUUGACUGCAGUCCCGAAAGAGAACUGAAAGCUCCCCUCAAACCAACAAUUGUAUUAGGAUAGCCUUUCACCACGUUUGAGGUCUAAGUAAGAAAAGGACUUAAGCCUUUGCUUCCCGCAACAAAAAAGACAUCUGAUUUGAGUCCUGCAUUCUGCAUUCUAGUUAAUUGUUUAAAGCAUUCAGAACAAUUGUUUUAACUGGCCAAGAUUGAGUAAAAUAUCAUUGCAUUAAAAGCGCCAUUAAAGAACCAUUAAAAAGGGUGCUCUGUAAGUCACUAAAUUAUACAAAGAAAUAUUAACCUUAAAAUAAGGCCAUGCAAAUUGAAAAUAAAGUGUUUUUUUGUAAUAUUUGGUCAAGGUAUGUCGAGGAUUGUAAGCUGUAGGAAAAAUUUGCGGGCAAUCCUGGACAUGCGCGAUUUAGUUUUAGGCACUUUUUCCUCUAUGUUAGUAAAUUUCAACGCUUAUGACUGAAGAUCGAAAGUAGAAAAGGCUAGUGAUACGCGGCAUAUCAUUGUACCGCUGGUGGGCGGCGCCGAUACCACUUUCACUAUUAUCCUAUGAUUUUUGUACUUGAAUAGAUGAUGGUCACUAAAUAAUAGCUUGAGAUAUUUCUUAAGGUUGGAUGAAUCUGGCUUUAGGUGAUUGAUGUUUCUUAGUCUAUCCAGUAUGGACGCGGUCUGUGUUAGUGCUUUGCCUUGUUGUAAGAUUUUCAGUUUAAUCUUGCGUUGGUAAAUUGACUUUUUUGAGAGAGCCGAAUUUUUGUGCGCUUUUGAGCACUUUUGAUGUCGACACUGACAAACCUUUUUCACUUCCUAUUUGUUCUAGACUCAGUAGAUUGCAAUUUCGAUCAAGAUUAUUGUCACUGGACAAAUGCAUGGAGCACCUCUCCGUCAUUCAAAUGGUACCGCCAUAGGGGUCCCACCCCUAGUAGAAAUACAGGACCAAACGGCGAUCACGGUGGCAAAAAUGGUGUGUUUUUAUUUACUUUAGUGUUUUUUUUACACAAUCCAAAAACUGUUCGCAAUCUAUGCUCAUAAGUAUUCUUUUUAGCUUAAAACGAUAUUAUUUUUCCCUUCCAUGAGAGCUUCGUUAGGCAGCCCACAUUAAGCAGAGAACAAACGUGAACCCAACAUUUUGCGACGCGUUUUAGCGCAAGCUCAAAUUUGCCAUGCUUAACUUCAUUUACCCGAAACAUUCGAUAAUUGGAACUGAACUAAUGAGAACAAACAGGCCGCUAGGAAACCCCAACACAGGUAGUGCUUGAUGAUAUUUUAAGAGUAGGAUAAUAGGGCUACAUGUAGAGCUUUACGGCUUCAUGGUGUUAAAUUGUCCUGGUUUAAGCGGACUGAGAAAUUUUUCGUUAUUUUUUGCCUAGGGUAUUACCUUUACAUCGAGUCUUCGUACCCUGCGAGGUUUGGAUAUAAGUCUCAGUUGAUGAGCGAAUUAUUCGAGCCAACUGAAGAGAGGUGUCUCAGCUGGUGGUACAGCAUGCACGGAAGGACCGUGGGGACACUUAAUGUAUACCAUAUAAACAGCCGAUCGGGGAAUAAGACGAGAAUUUGGUCAAAAUCUGGAGAACAAGGAAAAGACUGGAAACAGACGCAUAUUUCAUUCAGUUCCGACUCUAAAUACAGAGUAAGUAAGGCAUUCUGAUUCUGGAAGCCCAAAAUAGAAAACAACAAAGAUUAACGUCUAAUAAAAUAAGUGUUACUCAAAAGAGACUCUACUUUAUAAAAACCUUAGUACGAUGAACAAACCAAUUUGCCGUACUCCCCAGAUGGCCGAACAGUUCACCACAGUUAUUUGGAUAUCCAAGUCAGUCGGAAACCUCAGUAUGGCAGACAAACCCGUGAGGUGGAUGUCCAGUUAGGCUACUCUUAUGGUGGCAGGAGACAACCUAAACUGCCAUUCAUCACAGUAAAGGGGACAGUCUAGUUAGGUGGACAGUAAGACAGACACGAUGGUAAUAUGGAUAACCCAGACGUCAGUUGGACACCUCGUUAUGGUGAACUAUCCACUAAGGUGGGCAGCCCAACUUGCCGUGAAUCUCAACAGGGCAGAUAGUUCAGUUAGGUUGACAGUAUAAGACAGAAACCGCAAUGAGUUAAACACACUAGUCCCCUCAUGUGGUUAACAGCCUUACUGCUAAGACGAUACCCUCUCUUUAAACGGAAACCACCAUAAGGGCAGCAACCCAUGGCCAGUCCAUAAGGACACUUAAAACACUGAGAUUUGCGUUCAUCAUCAUCAGUGUGACAGGCGUUGAGUUAGUAUUCAUCUCAGUUUCUCAUCAGACGACAAAACUGUAACAUUUCUUGUUCCUUUUUUCUGUUUUCAGGUAUUGUUUGAGGGAUUACGUGGCCGAGGAUACACGGGUGAUAUUGCUCUUGAUGACAUUCAGUUCAGAGAGGGCUCCUGCCUAAACAAUGGAUUCAUCAAAUUCUAAUAGACGUAACUGAAUUGUCUUUAAAGAUAUAUUAUGUACAUAUUCCGCAUUACAUAAAUGCCUCCUAAACCCGCGCCAAUAAGAAUCAUGAAUCGAAUGUUAAUCGCUUCGAUGUCAGUAAAUCUUUUAUGCAGAACAGGCAGAAUAAUCUAAGUCCGAGGAAAAGAAUGGGGAAAUACCACUAAUGUGAAUAAUAUAUUAUGUACCUACCAACUUCAGGUCAAUGUUUUUUCUUUUUUCUUCGGUUUAUACAUUGUGUUCGUCUCGUUUCGUUUCGUUUUAUUUUAAUCAUUUAUUUUUCGUAGUACCGGAACAUUUCAAAUUAUGUGAAUUUAGGUUACUGCCAUUCAUAACGCAGUUUCCACCGCCUCGCAGUACAGCACAACAAAAAUGCUGCUUAAGUCUGCUGUGCCAUAAAAAAAAAGUUUUAGCCUUUUCUUGUGUUCAGCACAUGAAGCAAACAUUUUUUCCCGUUAAAUUUCAAAGCAACAAACUAUAAGCAGUUUAUUACAUCGUUUUUAAAUCGGUCAUCACAGGUCUUUCAAUUUCUUUGCCCCCGAAUGCUUAGAAGUUGCAAAUAUUUGCUUUUUUGAAAUCGUUUUUUAUUGGAUAGAUGUAGUUAGAAAAUCAUAGAAUUAGAGAAAUAUCACUUAUUCUCUUUUUCCAAACUUUGUUAGUGGACAGUUUACCCUGGAUGUUGUAGCCAUUUGACGGAAAUUUAGAAAUAUGGCAAUUUGGUGGUUUUUCUGUAUACCCCACGAAAAACUGUUUCCUAUUUUAAUGCUAUUUUUGCUUGCUCUGUAUUUAUUCCAUCGUUUACCAGUGGAAAGACUACAUUUCUUCACUGAUAGUCACAUACUCUGUUUAAUUGUCUUUACCAGUCAGAGUCAUUUGUUUGUAGAUUACCCAUCAUAGAAUCGCUAGAGCGGUACAAUAUGUUUAUCGGUGCAAGCUUUUUAAUCUAUUAAUUAUCUCAAUAACAAAAUGCUCGAAUCUGAUUGGAUCUUAACAGCCCGUAAUCGGAUACGUCCAAUCGUAAAUUUAAACAGCCAGUGAAAAUCAAGUCGCCUUUUACUGGACAAGGAAAUUUGACGGCAUAGCCCAUAACAAGCGAUAAAACUCAAUGAAAAGAUAAUGAGUGAAUAGGCUGUCAGGCUUCAGCUUGAAAAGAAAAAUCGAGGAAAUUAAUAGUCCAGUGAUUUUUAUUCUUCAAUCUUUGACACAUGUUAACCCCCUUAAUUUAGAAAGUAUUCGGACCUCGAUUUACCAAAAAUUGUAAGCAAUGUUUUUGCUUCGGAAGCUGUAACUUUAUGUAAUAAGAACUUUGUACUUACAUUAACUAAGGUUCCAAUACUGAGAUUCUCUCAUUUUGUUAUUGACACAAUCAACAAGUAAUAGGACUUCGUGACGUACAAUUCAGGGGUUUUCGGGCUCGUCAUUUCAUAUCGGCCUCGAUCAGCCGAUUUGAAAUUAUUCGCCCGAUUACUCCCUGAAUUGUAUUUCACUCUGUCCUAUUACCCUCACGUAUCACUUACUAUCAUGUAGAAAAGAUCUCUAUUUCCGUCACCUCAAACACUCAAGGAAACCAAGGAAAUCACGUGGCUGAAAGUGAAAGCUCGAAAUUUAUUUUCACUAAGGCUUCGUAAAGCGGAAUAUGUUAGGGAUGACGGAAGUAGACAUGCCUCAGUAAUUAGUUGAUUAACCU